AUGCUGACCGAAUUCGACGAAACAUGUGGAUGCAUCGGUCUUCAGCUGAAUCUACAAAAGACGAUGUUUAUGCGGAACGGAUGGGUCUCGGAUGCCCCAUUCACGCUCAACGGAACGAACAUAUCCGAAUGCACCAGCUACGUUUAUGUGGGUCGGGAGUUGAACAUGAUGAACGACUUGACCCCCGAGCUGGGCAGGAGGAGACGAGAGGCUUGGGGAGCGUACAAGAGCAUCGAGGAUGUAGUGAAGAAGACCAGGAACACCCGGCUCCGUGGUCACCUCUUCAACACCACCGUACUUCCUGCUUUGACCUAUUCUUCGGAAACCUGA